AUGGUACCUGCCAUGGGUGGAACUGAUAAGGAUACUGCCACAGUAAUUUCCACAAUGCUAUUAGUUUCUGGCAUUACCACUGUACUGCACUCGUAUUUUGGUACCCGGCUUCCAUUGGUUCAAGGGAGCUCAUUUGUGUAUUUGGCACCGGCCUUGGUCAUAAUGAAUUCUCGCGAGCUUCGAAAUCUUACUGAGCAUAAAUUUAGGCAUAUAAUGAGGGAAUUGCAAGGUGCCAUAAUUGUUGGUUCACUUUUCCAAAGCAUCUUGGGUUUCAGUGGUUUAAUGUCCCUUCUCCUAAGGUUGAUAAACCCAAUUGUGGUUGCCCCUACCAUCACUGCAGUGGGCUUAGCAUUUUUCAGCUAUGGUUUUCCACAAGCUGGUAGUUGUGUGGAAAUUAGUCUUCCACUGAUACUAUUGGUUCUUAUUUUCACAUUGUACCUCCGAGGGAUAUCUGUAUUUGGACAUCGAGUUUUUCAAAUUCAGGCGGUCCCCAUGAGUGUUGUAAUUAUAUGGGUGUAUGCAUUCUUCUUGACAGCUGGUGGAGCAUAUAAUUACAAAGGCUGCAGUUCUGACAUACCCAGUUCCAACAUCUUGACUGAUGCUUGUAGACAGCAUGCAUAUACCAUGAAGCAUUGCAGGACUGAUGUUUCCAAUGCUUUAAGAACCGCCGCAUGGGUCAGGAUUCCCUACCCUUUGCAGUGGGGUAUUCCUAUAUUCCGACUUAGGACUUCAAUCAUGAUGAUCAUUGUUUCAUUGGUCGCAUCAGUGGACUCGGUUGGGACAUAUCACUCUGCAUCCAUGAAAAUCAAUGCAAAGCCUCCUACCCCUGGUAUUGUCAGUAGAGGAAUUGGUUUGGAAGGUUUUUCUAGUUUACUGGCUGGACUUUGGGGCUCAGGGACUGGGUCAACAACCUUGACAGAAAAUGUACACACUAUUGAAAUAACGAAGGUAGCAAGUCGAAGGGCUGUGGAACUCGGAGCAGUUUUCCUGAUCCUCUCUUCCUUCAUAGGGAAAGUGGGUGCCAUUCUUGCUUCUAUACCACAGGCUUUGGCUGCCGCCAUACUCUGCUUUGUGUGGGCUCUAAUUGUUGCAUUAGGUCUCCGAACAUUGCAGUAUAGCCAAACAGCAAGUUUUAGAAACAUAACAAUAGUUGGCGUUUCACUCUUCCUUGGUUUAUCGAUACCUGCAUAUGUUCAGCAGCAUCAAUCCGAGUCCAGCUUGAUUCUGCCUAGUUAUUUGGUACCUUAUGCAGCAGCAUCGAGUGGACCAACCCACACUGGUGAUAAACAACUUGAUUUUGCGAUAAACGGGCUUUUGUCAUUGAACAUGGUUAUGACUCUCUUGAUAGCAUUUGUACUAGACAACACUGUCCCAGGGAGCAAGCAAGAGCGAGGGGUGUACAUAUGGUCAAGUGCUGAAGAUAUAUUGACAGAUUCAUCUGCUCUUUCGAUAUAUUCCCUACCAAGUCAAGUCAACCGGCUUUGCAGUUGGGCCAAAUGUUUGGGUACAUGACAUUUGCAGAAAACGCCAGCAACUGUUUGAUUGAAUUGUUGCAAGACGUACUCCUUUGAAGGCCACCGCCAAAAUUGCGACGCAAUGUAGCUUGGAAGCAAUGCAUAUGCCACCACCCAAAUUGUUAUUGCACAUUAUAAUGGUUAUUUCAAAAUUCAAAAUAUUUAGUUGUACGAAAUAUAUUUGUAUAUAUGUUUGAGUUAGUUACACAAAUUUGAAAUAUA